AUGGCGAAGACCAGAGGAGGCCAUUCCGCCUCCCCAUCCUCACCGACACCUCGACCACCUCGAGCCGCCAUGGGAGCCGCAGCUUUGCCGCCUGUUCAGGCCCCGGCCAUUCCCCCAUCUGAGGGGGAAGCUCCUUCUCAGCGCCGAUACCCUACCAGGAGGCCACCCACGCACCCUCUGCCACCAGUCGAUCAGGCCACGAGCCCUGUUCCUCGACCCCCUGCGAAGAGGACCAAAGUCUUGGGUCCUGGAGAGCCAUCCCACGCACCUCAGCCAGAGCCAUCUACAGAGGAACCUCGGAUUCCUCCGGAUAUUCCUCUCGAGACCGUUAUCAGGCGUCCCAUGCUAGCUGGACCACCGAUAGAAGGCAACUUAGAUUGCAGAGAUCGACCCUUCCAUUCCGAGACCUAUUUUGAUAGAGAGGGGGACUUCUACAGCCUCGGUAUUGACCAGGAGAGAGCUUCCAUCUGGGAUGCUCCUCAUUGA